AUGUGGACAGAUGCACUUUCACUAAAAGGAAAAAGGCUGGAUUUUUACAGCAGAGCUGAAGCCUAUGUAAGCCUGACCAACGCCAUUCCUGAACUCAGUCGAUUCACAGUAUGCAUUGACCUGCGAUUUGUGGGAGCCAAAUCAAGUGAUUGGAUGGCCUUCUCCUAUAUUACUAAAAACGCUUUCCUGGGCAGAGAAGACAUAGACCUUGGACUCUCAGGAGACCAUCAGCAGCUAAUCGUGUACAACUUGGGCAAGACCUUUUACAUCCGUUACGACCUGACUCCAUUUCAGUGGCACACAGUAUGCUUGUUAUGGGAUGGUGUGAAAGGCAGAUUGGAGGUCUUCCUGAAUAGAGAAAGGAAACUGGUAAUGAUCAAUCAACCACAAAACCUGGCACCUAAUGGGACUCUGGUUCUAGGAUAUUUUCUCAAGAAAGGGGAUGACCAGGUUAAACGCAUGGUUCCUAGGUUCACCAACAGCUUGUACUACUUUCAACUCUGGGACCACAUCCUGGGAAAUGAAGAGUUUAUGAAGUGUUUGAGCGGAAAUGUGGUUAGUUGGGAAGAAGAUGUUUGGCUCGUCAACAAGAUCAUUCCAACUGUUGACAUCAGACUGCGCUGCUUUGUUUCUGAAAAUAUAGCAAUUCAGGAAACAACUACAGCUCUUUCACAACAAACAGAUUUGAUAACUCCAUUCCAAGUUACUGGACUAAAACCACAAAAGACGGUAUAUUCUUCUACAGUGGUGUCUAAAAGCAUGCCUGUAUUUGCAACUGAUUAUAUAACCAGAUGGUACUCCAAUAUAUCCCCACCUCUGGAAACAAUGACUGCACCAAUUAUUUUAAAGACAUCCAUAGCUGAGACAGCUACAUUUGCAGCAGACAUUUUGUCUACUUCAGCAGCCAUUGCUCUGUCUACCAAGAGUACCUCCAUAGACCCUACUACGAAUUCCAUGAAAAUAAGUAAAUCCCCAUCUUCAGAGACCAUGGAGACAACAAAAAUGGCUGAAUCCAUUGCUACUGAGACCUUUCAUCCAAGAGUAGCUACCAAUUUUCUGUACACAUCUGGAUCUACCAAGAAUUCAAUUGCAUCCGAACCUCCAGUGACUGGAUCUCAGUCGGCUGUUAUGAGGACAGCGUCUUUAUUCUCAUCUAUUGAGUCGACAUCCAUGUCUACAACAUCUUGGCCCAAAUACAAAUCCACAGGUAUUGGGGCAUUCCCUAUUUCCACAGCUAGCAAGGAGUUUCUAGCGUCUACAGCUGCUGGAAGUGUACCUCAGUCCACGGUGGACCAGACUUCAGCUACAACUACUCACAUUGGGACUGCAUCGGCACAGCCGCCUGAGUCUGUGCUCCUCUCUACAUCUGCUCCAGUGGAUUCUGUAUUUUCUAGAAAUCAGACAGCAUCCAUAUUGGCAACAACUGAUAUGGAAAUACCCUUUACAGUUUAUUCAACUAGGUCUAUUGAAAUGACACCUGCACGAAGAACAGUUGAAACAGAACUGACAUCUACAAAUUUCCAGGAUGUCUCUUCACCCAGAGUGGAAGACACAACAUCUACCUCCGUGCCAACAGAGGCCUCUUCUAUGACCCUUUCUUUCAGGACAUCCUCUCCAUUCACCAGAGCUCAGAGUAUACAGACGGUUAUUGAUGCUGGGACUACACAUACAGCCUUGACUCCUGGGAUCACACUUGCACCUACAGUGGCUGAAACUAUGCUUUCCCCUACACUCGCUGGGCCAGUAUAUACCCAGAAUACACCCUCAGGUGGUGAAAACAUGCUUCCUCUGAUUUCCACUAGAUCAGCUUCUACAUCCAAGGCAUCUGAGUCUGGUCCCACCUCAAUAACUGAUGAAGGUAACAAUUUAUCCUCCACCAAUGAGGUCAUUUGGACUUCCAGGCCAGAACAGACCCUGUUGACAUUAGCAUUCCAUGGGAGUACUUCUAAUACAGAACAUUCACCCACGACUACUAAUAUUAUCAUCCAACCAGAAGCAUCCAAAGAGAGUGAGGCCACCACCUCUGAUAUUACUACAGAUAGAUAUACAACAGUUCUAUCCAAAUUGAUAUCUCCACGGUUUGCUAAUUUCUCCACAGUUUCUGGAGCUAUAUCUGUAACCAAACUGCCUGAGUGUAAACUUACCACCUUGCUACUAAAGCCCACCCCUGUGCCCACAGUAGCAAGACAUGAUCUUUCAACACCAAAGGAGACAGUUGUUCCACCAGAUAGAAUAUCUACCCUUGCUUACGUUGAACCAAAUUUUUCUACUGAGGAGAGUGCUUCUGAGAACACACAAACAGAGACAAAUGAUACAAUUGCAUUUGGAGAGACAACAGCCCCUAUUCCAGAGUCUGCAACAACACAAAGGUUCAGUGCUACUGUAACAAGGAAAGAAACAGCUUCCCAUCAUCUUAAGGGAAAAUCAACUCUAGCAGCCACAACCGAGGUUUCUCCAUUUGUGACAAUACUGGAAGCAACAGAUGAAUCUGUUUCCCCCUUUCCUGAUGUAGAGAAGCUGACUACCCAAUUGGAUAAUACAACUGCAACUACUGAGGUGAGAGGAAGUUGGUUUUCUUCAAAAUCGGUGAAAAACACACCUAACAGUUCACCUAAUGGAACUACAGAAAUCUUUAAUUCCACCCACAUCCACACAGCACAUUGGACUUCAGAGACUCUACCUGAGGGGAGUCCAGCUCCAUCUCCCACUUCUGGGAGCAUACAGACAUUUCCUGGACCCCUGGGUGCUUCCACCACAAGGCUACUGAAGACGGGUUUUGCUGCUAUCCCUACACACAGGACAGCUAUGUCCUUGCCUGCUGGUACCUUGCCUCCACAGCCUACCCAUUCCUCAGUAACCCCUGUGCCUAUUACCUAUGUGUUCUCCCUGCCAGUUAAUGUCUCUGCUGUCACCUCUGUGGUGGUGUCUGAGGAGACUAAGGUUACCAUGCCUCGGCCUUCUACACUGGCCAGGGCUUUCUCCACAUCUAUGCCCUCAGCUGUCUCAACUCUGCCAUCAGCUACAGUGACCACAGCAUCGGUGCCGCCAUUGGAUGAGACCACUUCGACAACCAGCGGUACCAUGCUUUCCCACAGAGACUCUAUCCAUACCACUUCAGAGGCCACAGGGAUCUCUGUCAGGAUGACACCCACGGCAGUUCCCUCUCUGACAGAAACUCCAGUCCGCUCAUUGAGGCCUCCCACUUCUGUGGCAACUAAGGCUGAGACCACCCUUCUGUCCACCUCAGCUGACACAGUAACCCCUUCCAGACCCACUCUUGCCUGCUCUAAACCUCUCCCUGAUAACACUCCUGCUGUGUCCUCCACUCACAUAACCUCAACUAUGUCUACAAUAUCAGCAACCCAACCCAUAGCUCAAGUGGAGGAGACGUCUACCCGUGCUCUCAGCUUUCCAUACACUUUCAGUGGUAGUGGAGAUGUUGUUAGCUUGGCUACUGGCACCACAGAAACUUCUGUUGUUGAUGACGCCAUGCCAUCACACACCUCUGCCAACAAGCUUAUUGCUUCAGUAUAUGGUCACGUUUCUCCAUCUUCCACACGUCUUGUAAACACACUGGUCCCCACCCUAUUAGUGACUGACAUUUCUACCUUAUCUUAUGACAAAGAGAAGAUGACCACUUCCCUGGGAAAGACCCCUAGAACUCUGAAGGUGACAGAAAUGUCCCCAUCAAAGAAUCCUUUUAUUUCAGAUUCUCACAGUGCUUCAUCCUUGGAAAUGACAGACACAGGAUUUUCUGAGGCCACAAAAAUUUCCAGUCACCAAACACAUUCACUUUCAGAGACUCCAUUUGUGACUUCACCUAAUGAGAAUUCAGCUUCAUCUCCCACUUCUGGGAGCACACAGAUUCCACCUACCUCGACCUCAAGUAACACGGUAGAUGUUCACAUUUCAGAAGUGUCUACCAGUCUUGGGAAAACAGCUCUCCCUUCACAAGCUCUGACAAUUACCACACCUUUGUCUCCUGAAAGAGAGAGCACAAGUGCCCUCUCAGUAUAUACUCCCAGGACUGAGAAAAAGAUAGUAAGCACCACCUCUGUGACUCACCCUUUCUCACACCACCAGGAUACUUCAUUUGUAGAUACCCUAACUUCUGGGACAACCAGGAUAUCAAAUCCUGUAAACAAUAACACAACUCUUUCACACUUGCUUUCAUCUAGGGCUCAACCUGUGGUGUCUUCAGUUGCCUCUCCUAUUUCUGAAAGUACACAGACCUCCCCUGAGACCCCAUCUCUUUCCACGCCUCGACUAUCUAGUGCCAAUUUUACGGCUAUGUCUACUGACAGAAUCACGACAGUCCUUUCUACUUCAAAUGUACCUACAGCACUUCUUGGGAAAACCUCUAUGGCAACGUCCAUUCCCAUCUACCAGAUGUCUCCAUGGCCAGUUAGUGCCACUGCCUUCACCUCCAAAAUUGUUGCUGACACUCCCACGGUACUUAUGACUGAAUCUUCUAAAACAGCACAUGCAGAUUGUUUGAAAAGCCCCUCUGUAGCCUCUUCUGGGCCUGUGCCUGAGAUGUCCUCAAUGUCAGUUAAUGACUCUGCUUUUCCAUCUCCUGCUGUUUCUUCUGAUGCUUCUGCAACAGGUGGAUCAUUCUAUACUUUAUUGUCUUCAGUCACCCCCAGGCCGUCUAUGACCAUGCAAACAUCGACAUUGGAUGUCACACCUGUGACAUAUGCUGGGUCUACUUCAAAAAGCACAGUGGCUUCCUCUGCUUUCACAACUUCAGAAAUAACUGAGGUGUCCUCUAGGAUCAUACCUACAUCCUUUUCCUCCCCAACAGAGCCAACUUUUCCCUCUGUGAAGACCAUUCCAACCACUAUUAUGGCUGGGAUAGUGACUACAUUCGUCAGCACCCCUGCCUCUCCUCUACCCAGUUCUAAGAACACUGAAGCUCUUUCUUCCAUUCCGAAGACCACAUUUUCACCAUUGCUAUCAACGAGCCGACAGUCAUCACAAGGAUAUGAGGCCACCACUCUGGGCAUAUUCUCUGGGAUUACUAAUAGCUCUCCAUCUACUGUAAGCAGUGGUAAAGUAACAGCUCUCACAAAUACUUAUCCCAGAACUGCCACCCCUGAGAGUGUACUUUCAUCUACUCCUUCAGAAAAUCUCCACACUUCCUUGAAUAUUCAGGUUUCCCCAUCUUUGGCUGGCUUUAAGAGCACUCCUGGACUCACAAAAUGUGUAAAAGCCACCACUUACCAUUCUUCAAAUACAGAAAAGAAGACUUCCUUGUCAGAAAGUACUUUAACAUCCAAACUGACAAAAGGUGCCACAUCUGCACAUGCACCUGUUUCAUAUCCUCCCUGGAUUCCAUCCAGUACAGAUCCACCCUCUUUGACAUCAUUUGUUUUUUCACCUCAAAGUACUGAAGCUGAGUUCUCUACUCCAAAGACUUCUCUUCCUCCUACAUCCCAAAUUGUUGAAUUUCCAGUUCUGCGAACGAGAACCACUUCUAGUAACACCCAGCCUCUGCUUAUGACUUCCGGGAACACACCCACAGCUGAAGAUUCUCAACUUUCAACUUCUACCACUGCUCAUGCAUCUACACCCAACAAGGUGGAAACAGAGAGUCCUUCCCUUGUUCCAGAGUCUUUGUCAACAUUCACAGCCACUCAGACUGGUCUUGUAUCUGGAGGUGUAAUGGCAAUGUCAUCAAUUUCCACAACAGGAAUUCUUCCUACCUCGGGGAUGUCUGAGAGCCCUUCAUUAUCAAUAUCUUCAAGAUCUAUCCCUACUACUUUGGCUGACAUUAAGCACACAUUUGAGAAGACAACUACAUCUGUAACUCCUGGGACCACACUCCCAUCCAAUCCUUCUGGUGCUGCUUCAGAAUCUAUAAUUUCGAAGGCUGCAACUUCACCCAUGCUGACUCGGAUCUUACCUAGUCUCCCUUCGGGUUCACCUCUGGCAACUAUAUUCAAUACUCCUCACAUUUUAUUUUCCUCUCCAGUAGAGGUGUCAAAAUCCACAUUCCUGACUUCUGACAUGACACCAACACUCCCAUUCACUAACUUUACAACACGACCCUUUGCUGGUGUAAGUGCCAUACUCACUAAAACCACCCCUUCACCUACAGUGGGCAGUAUCACUACUGGCUUCCCAAGUUCUUUCCCUAUGUCUAUAAAAAUCACAGAUGACAGUACCUACAUUUCCAAAUCCCCUGAAGCAUUUUCCAGAAUCGCCUUGACUGCCAACUCCAGAACUGUGUCUCAAGCUCCAUCCUUUAGCAGAAUGAGUAAAUCACCUCCUACAACUGACCACACCCUGUCUAUUGGUGCCAUGCUUCUAUCUAGCCCUACAACAACAUCUGCAUGGAGCAGAAUCCCAGCUGCAUCAGCAUCCCCUACGUUAGUUCUUCCUAAGUUCACACAGGACUCCCUUCUAAAUAUAGCCACCACUACAUCCACUGCUACUGGAGCCCCAUUUCCACUCAUAUCCACUGGAGUAACACAUCCUUCUACAGCAACUGUGUCUUCACUACCCUCUUCCUCUUUUGAAGCAAUCUGGCUGGACUCCACACCUUCCUUUUUAUCUAUGGAAACUUCGACUUCAUCUAUUGCCGUUAAGUCCGAAGUUUCCUUCUACAAUAUUGAAAUGAUCUUUUCUGUCUUUGACGAAGAGCCAAGGAUCCCUAUUAGCAGUGUCGUAAAAGAAUUUGCAAAAAAUUGGUUGACUUCUAUAUUUCAGGACAGUGAAUUUGUUCUUGCUAAUCUGGCUGUUCAAAUUAAAAGCAGAGACACUACUGAGGAAGAAAUAAUCAUGGACCGAACAUUUGUAAGUAAGAGAGAAGGGCAAGGAAUGGCUACAAUUUCCCAUGUACCAUACAGCUGUGCUUGUCAGGUCAUCAUAAAGGCCAACUCUUCUUUAGCGACCACCAAACUGAUUAGCAGGAUCAAAAGUAAAAUACAUGGCAACCUUACGCAUGGAAACUUCACACAAGACCAAUUGAUGUUACUAGUAAAGUCUGAAUACGUUGCAGUGAAAAAACUAGAGCCUGGAAAGUGCCAAGCCGAAGAAACAGCCUCUAAAUACAAAGGGACGUAUAAGUGGCUCUUAACCAACCCUAUGGAGACAGCCCAAACUAGAUGCAUAAAAAAUGAGGAUGAAAGCGCUACUAGAAUCUGCUCAAUCAGUAUCAACACAGGCAAAUCUCACUGGGAAAAACCAAAGUUUAAACAAUGCAAAUUGCUUCAAGCGCUUCCUAAUAAGAUUGUGGAUCUUGCUAAUAUUACAAUAAGUGACGAGAAUGCAGAUGAUGUUGCAGAGCACAUUUUAAAUUUAAUCAAUGAAUCAACUAUUCUGGAUGAAGAAGAAACAAAGAUUAUUGUUUCAAAAGUGUCCGAUAUUUCACAAUGUGAUGAGAUAAGUAUGAACCUAACCCAGACUAUAUUACAAAUAAUCAGUGCUGCUUUGGGAAAGCAAAACAAUUCAGCAUCUGGUCUGCAUGAAGUAAGCAAUGAAAUUCUGAUGAUAAUUGAGCGUGCUGGUCACAAGAUGGAGUUUCUUGGGAGGACAGCAAAUCUGACGGUGGCCAACCUGGCUUUGGCUGUCCUGCAGGUGGACCACACAUUUGAAGGCAUGGCCUUCAGCAUUCACUCCUAUGAAGAAAGCACAGACCCUGAGAUUUCCCUAGGUGAAGUCCCUCUGGGGAGGGUUUUGGCCUCCAUAUAUUUACCUAAAUCACUGAGGGAGAGAAUACCUCUUAGCCACUUACACACCAUCUUGUUUAAUUUUUUUGGCCAAACUUCACUCUUUAAGACCCAAAACGUUGCUAAAGCGUUAUCCACAUAUGUUGUGAGCGCCAGCAUUUCAGAUACAUCCAUUCAAAACCUGGCCGACCCAGUGGUUAUUACUCUGCAGCAUGUUGAAGAAAACCAGAAUUAUGAUCAAGUUCAGUGUGCCUUUUGGGACUUUGGGAAUAACAAUGGGCAAGGUGGAUGGAAUUCAUCAGGCUGCAAAGUAAAGGAAACAAACGUAAAUUACACAAUCUGUCAGUGUGACCACCUCACCCAUUUUGGAGUCUUAAUGGAUUUAUCCAGGUCUGCAGUGGAUGCAGUGAAUGAACGGAUAUUAGUGCUUAUAACAUACAUCGGAUGUGGAAUCUCCUCCAUUUUCCUGGGCGUUGCGAUAGUGACAUACAUAGCUUUUCACAAACUUCGAAAAGAUUAUCCUUCCAAAAUCCUCAUCAACCUGUGCACAGCACUACUGAUGCUAAACCUGGUAUUUCUGGUCAAUUCCUGGUCAUCAUCAUUUCAGAAAUUGGGCCUUUGUAUCACAGCCGCUGCGGCACUUCAUUACUUCCUGCUCGUGUCUUUGACUUGGAUGGGCCUGGAGGCGGUCCACAUGUAUUUUGCUUUAGUCAAAGUCUUCAACAUAUACAUUCCCAAUUAUAUCCUUAAAUUUUGUCUAGUUGGUUGGGGAAUUCCAGCAAUCGUGGUGGCGAUCAUACUCAGUGUGAAAAAAGAUCUGUAUGGGACUCUGAGCUCAACGACUCCAUUCUGUUGGAUUAAAGAUGAUCCUAUCUUUUACAUCUCAGUGGUGGCUUAUUUUUGCCUCGUAUUUCUGAUAAAUCUCUCCAUGUUCUGCACUGUUCUUGUUCAACUGAAUUCCAUGAAAUCCCAAAGCCUGAAGACUCGACGGAAGAUGAUCUUGCAUGACCUCAAAGGCACAACCAGCCUGACAUUCUUACUUGGCCUCACCUGGGGCUUUGCCUUUUUUGCCUGGGGACCUGUGAGGAUCAUUUUCUUGUAUCUUUUUGCCAUUUUUAACACUUUGCAAGGGUUCCUCAUUUUUGUGUUCCACUGCGUGAUGAAGGAGCGUGUGCGGGAGCAGUGGCAGCUUCUUUUCUGUUGCGGGUGGUUGCGACUGGGUACUGAUGGCAGCAGCCGGUGUGGGCUCAAUGUUGGGCAGAAACAGGAAAGACUGAGGAAAACCUUUGCGCACAACUUGUGGACACCAUCCGCCAAGUCAACUGCAACUAGUUCCAUUUUCAAAUCUUUAGGCUCUGCCCAAGGCACUCCUUCAGAAAUGAGCUUCCCAAAUGAUGACUUUGAUGAAGAUCCCAACUGUUUCUCUCCCUUGAGUUGUGAAGCUGUGCCUAACUGUACGCCCAUCACUUCCUUAAUGGGGAUGAACUUCUCAACCAAGACAGCCCCCGAGGGCACAGCAGGCAGGGCUUUGAGGAAGGGAACAGAACAGGAGCUGUCUGAAGCUGGUGGUUCUUCCUAG